GAGCGAGCGAGCGAGAGCAGCCCUGAGUGCUUGGAAUAAUUCUGCUUCCGUCGGGAAUAGAGGCCAGCCACCGCUAGCCCACUCCGUCUGGGUUUCUUCUCGUGGAAGCUCGCGCGCUUUGCGGGGCCUCCGGCAUGGCAACCUCUCCUCAGAAAUCACCUUCCGCCCCCAAGUCUCCAACCCCCAAGUCACCCCCUUCCCGAAAGAAAGAUGAUUCCUUCUUGGGCAAACUGGGGGGCACCCUGGCGAGGAGGAAAAAAGCGAAAGAAGUGUCUGAGUUACAAGAAGAAGGGAUAAAUGCUAUUAACUUACCACUCAGCCCAAUACCUUUUGAACUAGAUCCUGAAGAUACUAUGCUAGAGGAAAAUGAAGUCCUAGCUCAUGUGUUUAUGCACAUAUGCAAUAUUGCUAAUGUUUUAUCUCUUGCACAGGUAUUAAUUGACUGGAUUAAUGAUGUGUUGGUAGGAGAACGCAUCAUUGUGAAAGAUCUCGCUGAAGAUCUGUAUGAUGGCCAAGUACUGCAAAAACUCUUUGAGAAGCUUGAGAGUGAGAAACUCAAUGUUGCUGAAGUCACGCAGUCAGAAAUAGCUCAGAAACAGAAGCUGCAGACAGUACUUGAAAAGAUCAAUGAAACUCUUAAACUCCCUCCAAGGAGCAUCAAGUGGAAUGUUGACUCUGUCCAUGCCAAAAGUCUAGUUGCAAUACUGCAUCUUUUGGUUGCAUUAUCACAAUAUUUCCGUGCUCCAAUCAGACUGCCAGAUCAUGUGUCCAUUCAAGUUGUUGUGGUCCAGAAACGCGAUGGAAUCCUCCAGUCCCGACAGAUACAAGAGGAAAUUACUGGUAACACUGAGGCACUGUCAGGACGGCAUGAACGGGAUGCAUUUGAUACCCUAUUUGAUCAUGCUCCAGACAAACUCAAUGUUGUAAAAAAGACCCUCAUAACUUUUGUGAAUAAGCACCUGAACAAGUUGAAUUUGGAAGUUACAGAGCUAGAAACCCAGUUUGCAGAUGGAGUGUACCUGGUUCUCCUGAUGGGUCUUCUUGAAGGUUAUUUUGUGCCUCUCCACAGCUUUUUCUUGACUCCUGAUAGUUUUGAACAAAAGGUCCUUAAUGUGUCCUUUGCAUUUGAGCUAAUGCAAGAUGGAGGAUUGGAAAAACCCAAACCAAGGCCAGAAGACAUUGUAAAUUGUGAUUUAAAGUCAACCUUGAGAGUGCUGUACAAUCUGUUCACGAAAUACAGAAACUUGGAAUGAAGAAUUUGUUGGAAUUGCCACAGAUAGCUGUAAAUGAACCAGCCAAGGAAGCUACUCUAAUCUUUGCAGUCUUUCUGUUUUAAUUAAACGCUGUGCUUUCCUCAAAGGAGACACCAUGCUUCUCAGAAUACCCUUCUGUGCUUGUGUGACAUAAACUAGUACUACCAAAAUAUGUUAUAAAGUAAAAACCCAGUGCACCUAUUUUCUGCUGAGAUUUUUAUACUGUUAUACAAUUCUUUUAUUUAAGCUCUCUCUUAAUUUUGCGCAGAAUAGGCAUAAAGCCUGAUCCAGAACUGGGUUGAGAAAUAGAAAUGAAAACAGCAGCAUUUCCCCUUUUUUACCACCCAGAGGCAGUGACCCAGAAGUUCAUGCCUUGCAGGCUCUUUCAUUUCUACAUUGGAAACAGUCCUUCUUUGGGACCAAAGAUCCAGUCCAUCUUCUGACUUUGGUGCCUCUGCUCCAGUGCUCUUCUCCCUUUUAUGUGCACCAUGCAAAACAAUCAGUCCAGGAAUGUGGCCUUUUCAUUGUUGCUGGAGCUCAACCACAGUUCUGGUUUCCUCAGUUUUCCUCAGUUAUAAACAAGCUUGUGGCACUGCCUUAUUACCAGGAAGAAGCCAUCUAAGUUGUCAUGGGGCAAAAUGGUGCUUUAGGUUUGGCAGAUAAACAACUUGGUUUUGGAUGGUCCAGUUUAAUGGAGUUGUGAGUCAAGCCGCAGGGAAUUUUCCAUGAUACUGUGUGUAUGUGUGAUACAUAUUUAUUUCACAAAAGAAUUCCUCCUCCCCAUAAUGAGAUAUAAAAAUGCUGCUGUAAAGACAAUGGAAAGUAUACAGGCAGACCGUUAGUAGUAUGACUUAAAUGAGAUUUUUUUGAAAAACCCUUAAAAACAGGCUUCACCUAUUAUUUCCUAUGCAAUAGGGGCCUGUGUAUACAUUCCUCAUAAUUUUUUAUUCCUUAACGUUUACGAUAUGCUUUAUAGAUGCAGAACAGCACACUUCAUGGUAUUUAUGGACUAGAAAACUCUUGGCUAGUUGGUACUAAAUGUGUAGAUAAUUUCAAACUCACAGGUCUUUAGCAAAACACAGAAAAGUCAUCAUGGUGACACAAUGACAGAAUAGAAUAUCUGCUCUUAGGCCUCUGAAAGAUUAAAAUAAACUUGACUUAAUUGGAAUGAAGCAUUAAAACAAAACAGUUGGCACAAGAGGUUUAACUGCAAACAAAUACAUAUUAUUGAAACAGAGAAAUAUUCUUCUGUACUUUGGUUUUUACAGAUUUAUCAUUAAUGAAGAGUGUUGAAAGUUUACUGAAAAUCAUGCUAUGCAACUGCAACAUUAUUUAUAUUGGGCCUGACAUUAAAAUUUUAAAGUGUCUGAAUUUUAUCAGGAUUUGGUAAAAAGUACCUGUAUGCAAAAAUGAAAGCUCACAGCACAUCACACUGUGAUGCACUAUGCUCAGUAUUUAGUACUAUUUCAUUUUUAGUACUAUACUGAAAUUUUGGAAAAAGCAAUUCUGUAAUCCUCUUGAGGACGUGACUUAAUUUACAGAAAAAAAACAUUAACUCUCUAUUGUAUAUAUUUGACAUGCAAAUUUAUAAUGAAUUUGUAUCUAAGUUCCCUACCCCUACUUUAGACGGAUUCCGCAUGGGCCAAAAACUGCAGUGUGAAACCAUUUAAAACCAUUUUACACCAUUUUCACACCGCUAUUUUUGGCCCAUGAGGAAUCCGUCUUAGUUUAGUUCACCUUGGAUUUUUCUUUUCUUUUUGGAGUAUGUAUAAAAUUGCUCAUAUUAUACAGGAACGUACUGGCUACCCUUCUCAUUCUGAUCUACUGUACUUAGAUAUUCAGAAUCCUAGAAGCUAUUCUCAUUUUAUCCUUUAAUGUGGUGAAGCUGCAGAAUUAUGUUGUCCCACAAUACUUUUUGGUGUAAAAUACAUGGUCUGAAUACUCCCAUGUUCAGUAACAGCUAGGAUUUAAUGUGUCUGUGAUGAUUUGUAAUAUAGUGAAGUAUUUAAAUAAGGCCAAUUAUUUCUGGCUACAAGGAUGCCUGCAAACAGUGUGGUUCCAUUUUUGUAUUAUAAAAGACUACUCUGAUUAAGAACCUAUUUCAAAUCACAUGGAUGUAAGAAAAGCCUGUAUAAUAUCAUUUGUUAAGAUAAUUCAGGUUAAGAUAGAAUACUCCCUCCUUUUUUCUUUGUGUCUUUGUAAGUGUUGGCCAAAAAAGCCUUUCCAAAAACUUUUAAAACAAAAGUUGAGUUCUCUGUUUAAACCUGCUCAGACCCCUUCCCAUCCUACUCGGAGUUCCCUGAGAUUGUCAAAAUUAAGAGACUAUUGAAGUUUAGUGCUAGCAAAGAAAAACAGAAAAGUCUUCAUCACUUGAACAGUAAUUCAAUAUCUAGCUUAUAGUUAUUCUAUGAACAAGGGGAAAACUUGCAGCCAAAAUUCCUGGAUUACCCUUCACAGAGUAGCACCAACAAGCUAUAGAAUUCUGGCACUAAUUUUACUUUGUAUGAUUUCCCUCCAGUCAUUAGCUAAAUAUGAAGUUACAUAGAUUAUCAUUUCAUAUCAGUUAGCUUUGUACUGAAUGCAACUAAUAGAUUAAAAAUAGAAUUCUCUGAACAAUAGGGAAGCUCUCUGGUGUAUCUGAAACAAUAAACAAAUCUUAUUUUUAGAAGUAAUUGAGAGUUUGAGAAGAGCAUAUUGAGAUCAGUUUUCUGUCCAAUGUUUAACCAAGAAGUCAGAAACAGUCCUCAACAAAGCUCAGAGGUCUGUGCCAAGGGUAUCAGUUCAUUUCUAAACUUGUUGACAAUUGUUAGCAAUUAGUCUCUAUUUAUGAAAUGCUCAAUUUGUAAAAAUUGUGUCUGCAUUUAUUUGCAGAUAUAACAAAUAUGAGGCUAACAUGUUAGUACUGAUGACCAGUUAGAUAUUCUUGCAAAUAUACUGCUCUUCAUAUAUUUUUUUAAGAGGAAAUGUGGAUGUACAUGUUUAAAACAGUCCAAAAUGCAACAGUAACAUGUUUGCAGUGCUUCAGGAGGAAAGGAACUGAAUCCAGCUGCUCCAUUCUUUUUUCAGAACAUGUCAUCAGCUCUGCUAAUUUUUAAAAAUUGGUCCUGUAUUCAUAGAGGUUUCAACUGGAUCAGUGAUUGAACUGCAUGUGCAGCACUCAUCUAGCUAUGGAUAAGGUCUUUAUCUGGAUUAGAAUGACUGGCUCGAUCUAUGCACUCUCUUAGACAAUGUACUUUACACAUGCAUUAAUCCCUUUUGCCAUUUGCAGUGAGGAAAUCCUGUUCAAGUGUUCCAUUGCUAAAUUGCUCCUAUGUUAAGCAUUGCUUACAUUUUGAACAUUUUAUAAUAAUUUGGUGAUAGCAUUUUAUUUCCUGGAACUGUUUCUGUCCAAAUUCCGGUAUGUUACUUCAAGAAUCAACAAAAUGUCUUGUGAGUAAAUAUGAAGCUGGUUACAUUUUCUAAAAAAUACAUGUGUUUUGAGAUCACGAGUAACAUUUAUUUUGUCAAACCAAAGACCAAGCUUUAUAUGUCCUAAAUCAUCCUAGUUUAUAUUUCUAACAGAUUUAUCACCUAUGUGAAUUUAAUAUGAAAUAGAAUCUACAUAUUAUAUAUUAGAGCUGAAAAAUAUAGACAUAUAUACUAUACUAUAUCCUAUAACAAUGCUAUAUUGCCAUAGUAGGAUUAUGUCUCCAUCACAUAAAAUAGUCCUUUUUUAAGAUGUGAAAAUGAAUGUUAUAGUUGAGUAAAAUUGUGUGAUUAGCAUAAAGUUCGGAUUCAUCCAAAAUUCAUCCCUUUGGUUGUUGGAGAACUUAACGCCAAGCACAGCCUUGUUUAUAAUACUAGAAAGUAAAAUGAUUUUGUGUUUCAUAAAAAGAAUUGCAGUGGCUUUGCAAUUAUGUCUUGAUUGGGCCAGCACAGCAUAACAUCUAGAUUCAUCCAGGCCCAGACCUCAUGCUGGUAGGAUGAGGAACAAACAACAAAAACUCUGUCAUGGUAUACUGUGCGGUGCCACACAGAGCAGCAUUUUUAUCUAUUUCCAACUGUUGCUCCAUACAUCCUUGUUCAGACUCUCAGCAUCCCAUAAGCAAUUGCCUGUGGGAUGCUGUAGUCCUGUCACCACCCAGGAAGAAUCCCACAAGGUAUUGUUAUGAAUUACUACCACAUGGUUACCAUGAUUUGCACAAUAUUGGAAGCUUGAAAAAUGUUGGUGUGAUUGAACGAAUGUUGCUUAUCAUCCAAUGACCUUGAGGCUCUAAAUAAUACAGAUGGCAACUCUGUUUGAUCUGAGCCCACAGCAGUACCACACAAUUCCAGGUAAACUUAUGGAGUCUGUUGAAUCUCUGAACUUGACCACUAGCUUUGUUGAUCCUAAAAAGAGUUUCAUUUCCACGCGCAUUCAUUGAUUAUUACGUUCCUUUUGCAACUGCCUCUAACCAUCUGGGAAGAUACCACCCCCCACCCCAAAAAAAAUAUGACCAGCUUGCCAUCCACAUUAAAUAUGUUAUGGUCUUGUCUAUAGAGAUUUAUAGUCAGAUAACUGAAAAGGAAUAUACAAAAAAGGAUCUGGGUGAAUUCCUGUUUGGUGCUACAUCCUGCCUGGUACUGUGUACCUUCAUAGACAAAGCUGCUGCUGAAUCUUAAGGAUUAGAAAUUAGAUUUCCAAGAACCUGAUUUCUCAAACACAGAGAGAAAGUUUUUAGUCCACGCAGUUACAGAAAAGAAAAAAAAAUCUGAAUAUUCAGAACUAUGCUAGAUUAGACAGGAAUGAAGAUUGAUUUUUUUGUCCCACUCAUCCUUCCUACCACAAGCUGCCUGUAACAUUUUAUCCAUGUAUCUUUUUAAAAAAUGUUCAAAUAUUACAUCAGGUAGGGAUUUUUAUCAGAGACUCAUACACCAGAUUUAUAAUCAAAACAGCUUGCAUGGAUAUUAAAAUAAACGGUACUUGAUCAGCGUGCCUAACCUUUCCUUCAUGUCAAAAAAUAGAUCUUUUGUAAUGUCCAGUUAUUCUUGAUUAGUUUUGACAGUGCUUUGUUUUUAAGACAACACCAACAAUACUAAAUUGAAGUAUUUAUUUUAAAAAUGGUUUUCAUUCAGUAGCCAGAAAGUUGUAUCAAUAUGUAACACACCUCACAUUUAAAGUUUUUUUCUUCUGUUUUUUUUACUAUGGCUUUUCUGUAUGAACAGUUAUUUCCUGAUUAUGCUGAAUGUUAUACAGUAAAACAGCACCUUGAAAUUAUA